AUGCAGGCAGACCUUGACGAAGCAUUUAGUUAUAACUCAUGUAAAAAGGUCGCGCAACUGUGCAGAGUCAUGCUUGAACUUCAAAAUGAAAAAAUAGACAAUGCAACAGAAAAAAAAUUAUUUAGACAAAAAUUCGAAAAGAAAUUAAACAGUUUGAAUGAUGCUGCUGAAAGAAGGAUAGAUAAUCAGCAGAAUGAACUUAUUGAUUUCAGAAGAGACAAAAUAGAUGAGUAUUGUGUUACAUUUGGUGCAGUGUAUAAACAAUUGAAAGCAGAUUACGCACAAAAAAUAGCAGACAUACAGCAAGAAUAUGCUAAAAUGUCUUCUCAACUUAAAGAAUAUGGUUCUCAAAUAGUAGCUGCUGAAAAGAUGUCCCUGAAAUCGGCUGCGGCCUUUUUAGAUUCGACUGAAAACGAUAUAAAAGGAUUGAGCACACAAAAUUCUAAGUCAAACACAAUACUACAAAAAGAGAUGUCAGUUUUUACUCGAGAAUUACGCAAUAGAUCAGCUGAAUUAGACAAACAACACAAAGAAAACUUAAAAGCAAUUACCGCAGAAUACGCAAAAAAUGCAAAAACGCUUAGAGCAGAAAGUGCCGAAAAAAUUCGAGAAAAUAUUCGUCAAAGAGCACCACAACUUACAGAAUCAAGAAAUAAACUCGAAGAACUUGAAAAAUCCGUUAAAAUUGUUCGCGAAGAUUACAAUUCCGUUCUAAAAGAAAAAUUAGCGAUUACAAACUCAUUUGUUAAGACAAAAAAGAGGAUGAUUGAAGAGCUAAAGCAUAAGCUUAAAGAUCUUUUCAUUGAAAUGAAAAAUAUGAAGAAAACAAUAAAUUCAGAAAAAUCUGAUUUUGAAUCUGCUGUUUUUCAAUUGCAAAAGAAGAUGCGAAUGAAUAAAUCAGCACUGGAUAAGAAAAUAUCUCAAAUCAACUCACAGAUAUCAAGACAGAAGCAACAAUUGAAUCAAUUAAGAGAUAAAAUCAAAAUGGACAAAAGGGAAAAACAAAUGACAGAAAAAUUGUUGAGAAGAGAAAGCGAAAAAGAUAUUAAGAUGGAAAAAAUGAAAAUGCAGGACGAAAUGCUAAAAACUCAAACUCAAAUCGAAGAAUUACAUAAAACAACAGCAAGUUUGUUGGCAAAGUCAAAGAAAUUCGUUACAGAUCAGCUGAAUAUACUAAAUAAAAAGAAAGAAGCUUUUAAUAACAGAGUUGCAGCGAUGGAUUUGGAAAAAUCUGCCAAAUCCGGACAAAAAGUAUUCAUUGAUAUAUUGCCAGUCAUCAAUUCGUUUAUGGAUGAUAAAUUAAGCUCUCUUUCCAAUGAAUCAAAGGAAAAUCAUAAGAAAUUUAGACUUGAAUUUAAUGAUGCAAGAAAAACAUUAAUUGAUCUCCUUGAUACAAUCCAAAAGGAGUCAAAUGAUGCAACAGCUAAUAACAAAUUGAAAAAUAAGGAAAAUAUUUCAAAUUCAGAAAAAGAAAUUACUCAAAAUUUCGAAUCAAUAAAUGCAAGGCUUAAAGAUAGGAAAAACCAAUCAAUUGAAAAAGAAAAAGUUGUUAAAGCAUCAUUUGAAAACGAUUUACAGAAAAAGAAAAAAGAAUUUGAAGAAAGUCAUCAUUUACCUGAAGAAAAACCAGGAGCUAUUGAAGAAAGCAGUUACUUUACACGUCAAAAGGAAAAUCUCAUUGCAAGUUUAAAUCAAAUUAAAGGACAAAUUGAUUUUAUUAAAAAAUAUCAUCAAGAACAGUCAGAUAAGCUUGAUUUCGAGCUUUCAAACGCAGAGAAGUCAAUAAGAACAACUAAAAGAAAGAUGACAACAGAUGAAGAAGAAAUCAAAAAGAAUUUCAAUGAUAGCAUCAAUGCUUCUCAAGUUAAACUCACACAGGUUAUUGACAAUCUAUCACAGUUGUAUGAUUCUGAAGCCAAUCAGCGUGGAUCCGAAAUUAUUACUCAGAUUCGUUUAAUUAAGGAUUGUAAGAACUCAAUGAACGAUAAUAUAAUGCAGAUAAAGAGAGAAGCGAAUGCAAACAUUAAGAAGAUCAACGCAGAAGCAGAAAAAAUCAAAGAAAAAAUCAGAAUUUAUUCAGAUGGAACUAAAGAAAAGGAAUUGAAUGAUAUUAUUGCUAACAAAGAAUCUCUAUUCCAAGCAUCAAACGACCAACUCAAUAACAUGUACGAUGAUGCUGUUAGAGAAUUAAAAGAUGAAAUAAUAAGGGCAAAAAGCGAAAUUGAAAGCGCCAAAAACGAGAUCAAUGCGAAAAUAGAUGAAGAGAACGCCAUUUUUGCAGCACAAUUUGAGGAAGCCCAGGAUUUGAUUGAAUCAGCGAAAUCUGACAAAGAAGAGAAGCUUUCUCAGAUGAAAAUCCCUCAUUCAGAGAGAAUGCAAGAAGCCCAAGAUAAGCACAAGCUGGAAAAAGAGUCCAUCAAGUCAAGAAUUGAAGCAAAGAAAUCCACAAUGAGAGAAAAUUCAAAAGAAUUGAAUGAAAAAUACAAUGCAUUGAAGAAAGAGAACCAAGAGCAGUUUGACAGAACUGCAACGAUGAAAGAAGAAGAACUUAAGAAACAUAAUUUCAUUCUAGGUGAUGAAAAGUCAAAUGAAAAAAUUGAUAACUUAUUUGAUAAAAUUACUAAUAUACUUAGUGAUUAUAUCAACGUGCCAUCAGAUCCUCUAUCAUUUAAUAGUCAAAUGUUCACGCUUGUAACUGAAUCUCAGCAAAAAUCAGAUGAAAUUGAGAAUUUAUUUAAUCAUAUUAUAGAAAUCCUUAACUAUUCCUCAGCGGAAACACCAACAGAGAGAAAAAUAUCUGGAUCUAAGACAUCCAGAACAAAAAUUGUUCGCCCAUCGAGCGGUAUUGUUAGAAGAGUAUCAAAUGUUUAA